UUGAAUGUACCUUUCUAGUAAAAACUCCAACCUUCCAUCAACUUCCAAAUACACACACUCAGAAAAACAAGACAAAAAAAAAGAAGCUCAAUCAAAUCUUCUUGAAAUUUCCCUCGCCUCUUGAUCUUACUCCGAUCAGUUUCCCUGUGCACUGUUUUCGAAUUCCGAGGCGAAAAAUGUCGGCGUACAGGUGGAAGAAGUUUGACGAGUAUGAGGACCGACCAGAAAAGCCCCGCCGCUACGGCGUCACCGAGAUGCGAGGCCCUUACUACACCCACCUUAGCCAAAAUCUUCUUCAGGACAUAUUUGAGUCAAUGGGAGAGUUUGUUGAUGGGUUGAAGUUCUCCGGGGGGUCCCACAGCUUGAUGCCGAAGUCUUUCAUCAAAAAAGUAAUUGACAUAGCUCAUCAACAUGAUGUCUAUGUUAGUACUGGUGAUUGGGCUGAGCACAUUCUUCGCCAAGGUCCAUCAGCCUUCAAACAAUAUGUUGAGGAGUGCAAGCAAUUGGGUUUUGACACAGUUGAGGUGAAUGUGGGAUCGCUUGAACUUCCUGAAGAGAGUCUUUUGAGAUUUGUGCGUUUGAUUAAGAGUGGUGGUUUGAAAGUUAAACCCCUGUUUGCUGUGAAAUUCAACAAGUCUGAUCUUCCUGUUGGUGGUGAUAGAGCUUUUGGAGCUUAUAUUGUUCCGACUCCUCGCUCUUCUGAAUUUGUUGAAGACGUUGAUCUCUUGAUUAGAAGGGCCGAGAGAUGCUUGGAAGCUGGGGCAGACAUGAUAAUGAUUGAUGCAGACGAUAUCUGUAACCAUGUUGAUUCUGUACGUGCGGACAUAAUUGCGAAAAUCAUUGGGCGUCUUGGUCUUGAGAGGACCAUGUUUGAAGCUUCAAACCCUAGGACCUCUGAGUGGUUCAUCAAUCAAUAUGGCCCGAGGGUGAAUCUCUUUGUUGGCCACUCUCAUGUCAUGGAUCUGGAGUGCGUCCGGGGAAGAAACUUGGGCAAAAAUCAUUCAUCAGUUGUUGCUUCAUCAUACUUUCGGUUCUAAAAUGGUCAUCACUUUCCUUCCAACAAACGAAAAUGGAAAAUGGUCGGUACAGAUUAUAUGCUACUUGCGGGAUCUGGUUAGGCUUUGUUGUACUGUUAAAAUACUAUUUAAUGUUGUGGGAUUGCUGAAUCUUCUGUUAAAUCAAUUAGUGGAAACAUGUUGAAAAAGAGUUCAAUGGAAUUAUCGUUUGAUAUUUACAAUAAAGUUUGCAAGUAUCUUUACUUCCGAGUUUGUAGUU